AUGCGGAUAGUAAUCCUGCUCGAUGAAUUCCCUGAUCGGCAUGCGGAUAGUAAUCCUGCUCGAUGCUUUGUACCACGUGCUCCGUGUGGUCAUGUGACAGUGGUGACGUCGCUGGCCGGUGGCUGGUGGCGAGCUGGGCUCCAGCUGUGUAGUCACACGGGGUGACAGGUGACAUGAGUCUGUUCGAUCUGUUCAGGAGAUUCUUCGAUACCGGGAGCAGGAGGUGAGAGAAUAAUAACAGCCUUAGUAAAUACCGCGAUAUCACCUCACACACCUUGUGUAAUAUAAUAAUAUAAUACACAAUAUCACCUAACACUGUGUGAUAUAAUAAUAUAAUACACAAUAUUACCUCACACACCGUGUGUAAUAUAAUAAUAUAAUACACAAUAUUACCUCACACACCGUGUAAUAUAAUAAUAUAAUACACAAUAUCACCUCACACUGUGUGAUAUAAUAAUAUAAUACACAAUAUUACCUCACACUGUGUGAUAUAAUAAUAUAAUACACAAUAUCACCUCACACUGUGUAAUAUAAUAAUAUAAUACACAAUAUUACCUCACACUGUGUGAUAUAAUAAUAUAAUACACAAUAUCACCUAACACUGUGUGAUAUAAUAAUAUAAUACACAAUAUUACCUCACACUGUGUGAUAUAAUAAUAUAAUACACAAUAUCACCUAACACUGUGUGAUAUAAUAAUAUAAUACACAAUAUUACCUCACACUGUGUGAUAUAAUAAUAUAAUACACAAUAUCACCUCACACUGUGUAAUAUAAUAAUAUAAUACACAAUAUCACCUCACACUGUGUCAUAUAAUAAUAUAAUACACAAUAUCACCUACACUGUGUGAUAUAAUAAUAUAAUACACAAUAUACCUCACACUGUGUAAUAUAAUAAUAUAAUACACAAUAUUACCUCACACUGUGUAAUAUAAUAAUAUAAUACACAAUAUUACCUCACACUGUGUGAUAUAAUAAUAUAAUACACAAUAUUACCUCACACUGUGUAAUAUAAUACACAAUAUUACCUCACACUGUGUAAUAUAAUACACAAUAUUACCUCACACUGUGUGAUAUAAUAAUAUAAUACACAAUAUUACCUCACACUGUGUGAUAUAAUAAUAUAAUACACAAUAUCACCUCACACUGUGUGAUAUAAUAAUAUAAUACACAAUAUCACCUAACACUGUGUGAUAUAAUAAUAUAAUACACAAUAUCACCUCACACUGUGUAAUAUAAUAAUAUAAUACACAAUAUUACCUCACACUGUGUAAUAUAAUAAUAUAAUACACAAUAUUACCUCACACUGUGUGAUAUAAUAAUAUAAUACACAAUAUCACCUCACACACCGUGUAAUAUAAUAAUAUAAUACACAAUAUUACCUCACACUGUGUGAUAUAAUAAUAUAAUACACAAUAUUACCUCACACUGUGUGAUAUAAUAAAAUACACAAUAUUACCUCACACUGUGUAAUAUAAUAAUAUAAUACACAAUAUUACCUCACACUGUGUAAUAUAAUACACAAUAUUACCUCACACUGUGUAAUAUAAUAAUAUAAUACACAAUAUCACCUCACACCGUGUGAUAUAAUAAUAUAAUACACAAUAUUACCUCACACUGUGUAAUAUAAUAAUAUAAUACACAAUAUUACCUCACACUGUGUAAUAUAAUAAUAUAAUACACAAUAUUACCUCACACUGUGUAAUAUAAUACACAAUAUUACCUCACACUGUGUAAUAUAAUACACAAUAUUACCUCACACUGUGUGAUAUAAUAAUAUAAUACACAAUAUUACCUCACACUGUGUGAUAUAAUAAAAUACACAAUAUUACCUCACACUGUGUAAUAUAAUAAUAUAAUACACAAUAUUACCUCACACUGUGUAAUAUAAUACACAAUAUUACCUCACACUGUGUAAUAUAAUAAUAUAAUACACAAUAUCACCUCACACCGUGUGAUAUAAUAAUAUAAUACACAAUAUUACCUCACACUGUGUGAUAUAAUAAUAUAAUACACAAUAUCACCUCACACUGUGUGAUAUAAUAAUAUAAUACACAAUAUCACCUCACACUGUGUAAUAUAAUAAUAUAAUACACAAUAUUACCGCACACUGUGUAAUAUAAUAAUAUAAUACACAAUAUUACCGCACACUGUGUAAUAUAAUAAUAUAAUACACAAUAUCACCUCACACACCGUGUGUAAUAUAAUAAUAUAAUACACAAUAUCACCUCACACCGUGUAAUAUAAUAAUAUAAUACACAAUAUUACCUCACACCGUGUAAUAUAAUAAUAUAAUACACAAUAUUACCUCACACUGUGUAAUAUAAUAAUAUAAUACACAAUAUUACCUCACACUGUGUAAUAUAAUAAUAUAAUACACAAUAUCACCUCACACCGUGUAAUAUAAUAAUAUAAUACACAAUAUUACCUCACACCGUGUAAUAUAAUAAUAUAAUACACAAUAUUACCUCACACUGUGUAAUAUAAUAAUAUAAUACACAAUAUCACCUCACACCGUGUAAUAUAAUAAUAUAAUACACAAUAUUACCUCACACCGUGUAAUAUAAUAAUAUAAUACACAAUAUUACCUCACACGUGUAAUAUAAUAAUAUAAUACACAAUAUUACCUAACACUGUGUAAUAUAAUAAUAUAAUACACAAUAUCACCUCACACCGUGUAAUAUAAUAAUAUAAUACACAAUAUCACCUCACACACCGUGUAAUAUAAUAAUAUAAUACACAAUAUCACCUCACACACCGUGUAAUAUAAUAAUAUAAUACACAAUAUUACCUCACACUGUGUAAUAUAAUAAUAUAAUACACAAUAUCACCUCACACCGUGUAAUAUAAUAAUAUAAUACACAAUAUUACCUCACACCGUGUAAUAUAAUAAUAUAAUACACAAUAUCACCUCACACACCGUGUAAUAUAAUAAUAUAAUACACAAUAUCACCUCACACCGUGUAAUAUAAUAAUAUAAUACACAAUAUCACCUCACACACCGUGUAAUAUAAUAAUAUAAUACACAAUAUCACCUCACACACCGUGUAAUAUAAUAAUAUAAUACACAAUAUUACCUCACACUGUGUAAUAUAAUAAUAUAAUACACAAUAUCACCUCACACCGUGUAAUAUAAUAAUAUAAUACACAAUAUUACCUCACACCGUGUAAUAUAAUAAUAUAAUACACAAUAUCACCUCACACACCGUGUAAUAUAAUAAUAUAAUACACAAUAUCACCUCACACUGUGUAAUAUAAUAAUAUAAUACACAAUAUUACCUCACACCGUGUGAUAUAAUAAUAUAAUACACAAUAUCACCUCACACACCGUGUAAUAUAAUAAUAUAAUACACAAUAUCACCUCACACUGUGUGUAAUAUAAUAAUAUAAUACACAAUAUUACCUCACACUGUGUAAUAUAAUAAUAUAAUACACAAUAUUACCUCACACUGUGUAAUAUAAUAAUAUAAUACACAAUAUUACCUCACACUGUGUGAUAUAAUAAUAUAAUACACAAUAUUACCUCACACCGUGUAAUAUAAUAAUAUAAUACACAAUAUUACCUCACACUGUGUGAUAUAAUAAUAUAAUACACAAUAUUACCUCACACCGUGUGAUAUAAUAAUAUAAUACACAAUAUUACCUCACACCGUGUGAUAUAAUAAUAUAAUACACAAUAUUACCCCACACCGUGUAAUAUAAUAAUAUAAUACACAAUAUCACCUCACACUGUGUGAUAUAAUAAUAUAAUACACAAUAUUACCUCACACCGUGUGAAAUAAUACACAAUAUCACCUCACACCGUGUGAUAUAAUAAUAUAAUACACAAUAUUACCUCGCACCGUGUAAUAUAAUAAUAUAAUACACAAUAUUACCUCACACUGUGUAAUAUAAUAAUAUAAUACACAAUAUUACCUCACACCGUGUAAUAUAAUAAUAUAAUACACAAUAUUACCUCACACUGUGUGAUAUAAUAAUAUAAUACACAAUAUUACCUCACACUGUGUAAUAUAAUACACAAUAUUACCUCACACCGUGUAAUAUAAUAAUAUAAUACACAAUAUUACCUCACACUGUGUAAUAUAAUAAUAUAAUACACAAUAUUACCUCACACUGUGUAAUAUAAUAAUAUAAUACACAAUAUCACCUCACACCGUGUAAUAUAAUAAUAUAAUACACAAUAUUACCUCACACCGUGUAAUAUAAUAAUAUAAUACACAAUAUUACCUCACACUGUGUAAUAUAAUAAUAUAAUACACAAUAUUACCUCACACUGUGUAAUAUAAUAAUAUAAUACACAAUAUUACCUCACACCGUUUAAUAUAAUAAUAUAAUACGCAAUAUCUGUGUGUGAUUACCUCGCACCGUGUAAUAUAAUACACAAUAUCUGUGUGUGAUUACCUCACACCGUGUAACAUAAUAAUAUAAUACACAAUAUCUGUGUGUGAUUACCUCAGAGUGUUACAAAGCCAAAGUAACACACACACAUUAAACCCUUUCACCACACACACUAUGAGGGAGAAAAGGGGGUAAGUUACUAAACCUUUCACACUUUAAAUCGAAAAGGGAAAACUGAUGCCAAAAUAACAGUUUGAGACUAUAGUUAUGUUGGAGGAUUUUCACAGAGCUUUUUUAUCUCUGUUUUCCCUUCCGAUUUAUUUUGGUAAAUUUCUGAGGUUAAUUAUUAACUCUUUCAAUGCCAAACUCUAAGUGGAGUCCACAAACUAAAUAAUUGAAAUUAUCUUAUGUCAGUAAUUUGUGCUACCACUUCAGUCCUCAAAACAAGUAGAUGGCUUUUAGUUUGGCCUUAAAUUUGAAAUUCACUUUAAAUUUGCAACAAUUCUCACAUUAGUGAAUAACUGAAAAUUCCUAUGGUUUUUGUAUUUUCUUUUGUACUUUUUGAUGUGCUGGCUGGCUAGCAAAGCGCUGGCCAGCCUCCAUACAACUCAGUCCUUAAACAGUCAAUAUUUUGUUUAUCCAACUCCAGGUUGUAAGUAUCUGAGCCCAAAUUGCAGAUUACCAGCAGUAUUUAAUCUGAUCUAAAUCCGGUUACAAUUCUGGCUCAAAAUUGCAAGAUCCGGACAUUAUUAAAUGGGUUUUCAGUCUGAAUGGUCUCAUACACAACCAGAUUGUUUUUCCCUGUUUGAUACAGUGCCAUUCGGACACCAGUCUUGGACACAAUGCAUUCCCCUUUACAGACUAAAUUCUAAACGCAUGUAGUAUAGUUUAAAGAAACAUUACUGCAAAUUGUGUAAUAGUGAAAUUCUGUUACACAUUUGGAAACCCCAAAAACAUGAAGCUUGUAAAAAAUGCAGACAAAGACGGACCAGUGGUGAGCUGAGGUUAAACCCUGCUCUUACCAUACUAUUCCAGAGUUUAUGGAUAAUAUUGAUGGACACAUGCAACAGCGCAGGUGCAUUCCUUUUGAAAUGUUUUAUGUUUAUUUUCCGUAAUUCUUAUUAUACACUGAUCAUACACACCAUUAAAACCACUGUCAGGUGAAGUGAAUAACAUUGAUUAUAACGUUACAGUGGCACCUGUCAAACGGUGGCAUAUAGUAGGCAGAAAGUGAACAGUCAGUUCUUGAAUUUCAUGUGUUUUAAAGCGAAAAAAUCUGAAUGACGUUGACAAGGGACAAAUUGUGAUGGCUAGACACUUCGAAUUCUCACUGUAGUGAAUUACCCUGAUUCUGUUCCUUUAAGGGAGAUUCUAAACUUUAUUAAUAAUACAGCUUAUAUCAAUGAUUAGGUUUCUUUUGUGCAGUCCUCUUGUUUCUAAUGAGUCUUUCUGUUUCAGAGACCCAUUUUUUGGUGGGAUGACUCUUGAAGAUGAAGAUGAUGAUGGGGAUGAAGCAGAAGAUUCUGGGUACCCAUUUGGCAACCCUCCCACGUUUAACUUUGGCUUCUCCUUCGGGCCAAGUCAGAACCCUUUCAAGGAGUCAUUUGGCUUUGAGGGAUUGUUUCAGGAUUUCAAUGAACUUUUUGCUGAUUUUGAAUCUCUUAAUGUACAAAUUCCAGGUACGUCCUACACAGUUUUUUCAAUCUCCUUACCAACACUUUCUACCUUCUCUUAGUAAAGGUACUAAAUCAGGGAUGCCCAAAAGGUAGAUCCCCAGAUGUUGCAUGCCUUUAGAAUGCAAAAACAAACCAAGGAAGCUGUAGUUUUAAAACAUCUGGGUAUCUACCUUUUGGGAACCCCUGCAAUAAAGCAGUAUUACAACACAUCUGUAAUAGAUCACUGUAUCUCCAUUGUGAAUGCAAAGCAACUAAAAUAUGUCUAUUUUGCUAAUUCUUAAACUUUUGUAAAUUCCUUAAAGGGUCACUCUUGCAUUAUAACAAUUUUGCAUCUUUAUAAAGUUUAUAUAAGAGAGAUUACAAUUUGCAGAAUAUUGCUGCAGCAAUAAGCCAAGCCUCUUUGUUUCUGACUUCAAAGUAAAUUUUACUUCCACCUAUUCCAUCCAAGAUCCCUCUAAAUGCUGUGUGCGCCAACCAAACUGUUAGCAGGAAUCUUGAAAUGCCUACUUUCAGAUAAUUGAUCAUUGGUGACACAGAAUACCAGUGAUCAACGUGGUGAAUUACUCAGCAAUUCUACACAAGGAGCAGUCCCUCACACACUUUUACAUAGAAUGGAAUAUUUAUAAUUAGCAAUAAAUUCUUUGUUUAAUGGAUAAUAUGAUCUGAAUAAUGAUUAAUGGAACACUAUAGUGUCAGGAAUAUAAACAUGUAGACACUGUAGUGUUAAAAUAACUGUUAAGAUCACCGUCCCCUCUUAUAUUAGGAAAGAUGUUUAAACUUACCCUUUCUCUCAUUUGGCCCCGCCUCCAUGACUGAGGAAAGCAUUGGGAGGAUGGUGCGCUUUCGCAGCAAAAUACUGCGCUGCCCCAAUCUGCAUCUCCUCAUAAAGAUGCGUUUAAUUAACAAAUCUCUAUGGGGAGCCUUCAGGCUGAGAGCUAUUAGGCAAACAUGAAAAAAUGAGGUCUGCACUUCCAGUUAAAGUGUGCAUAAAACAUGCUACCUAGAAUUUAUUUGAAGGACAAAAUAGAAAAAGCAGAUGUUUCGGGCACAAGCCCUUUUUCAAUGCAAAUGUCCUUUAAACAUACAAUGACACUCACCAGUUUAUAUACAGUGCACAGAUACAGUGAAUUAAGUUCCCACCAAUUUAGUACAGCUGUGUCUCGAUAUUUGACGUUCCUUCGCCAUCUUGGAGCCGGCAAGUAUGUGUGUGGCGUCAUGACGUCAGAUGUCAAGCACGCACAAUGCAUGUGACGUCAUGGUACUCGGUUGCUAGGAAACGAGUACACAAAAGAGAUGUUUGCUACGAAAAUAACGAAAAAUAAAGAUACAGGUAUGGGGUACUUCGUUAAAUAUUGCCCAAAUGUGGAACAUGUCCAGAACAAGCUCUGUUAGUACAGAAUAUCAUAGCAAAAGACACAUAACCAAAUCUAGAUAGACAGAGAUAAAGUGGAUAAAUACAAAACUACCAGUGUGUAAAGAACAUAAAACAAAAGAACUGCAAUAAGUAGUGUAUAGUGUUAUACUCUCUACCCAUAUAUGCAAAUUAUUGAAAUACAUACUAUAGAAAGCGAUCACCCAAUACCAAUCUGGUAUUAGGGUAUACAGGGUGCCUAAUCCUGUGCAUAAAGUUAAAGAGUCUUGGUGCAGGCCUCUCAGUACCCCAAAGUAAAUUGAAGCAUCGAGCGUAGGAAGGUAUAAAUAGAUAAAAUAUACAUACCCAGCUCCAGGAGACAACAGCUAUCCAGCGGGUAUUAACUGGAGUACUUGGAGGAACCAGUGCCACUUAAGCUUCUCAGUAAGACCAUGAGGUGACACUGUAUCCAGGGGUUACAGCAACCAAACCUCUUUCUGGAAAAGGAUUCUUUCCCUGUUACUCCCACCGGUAAGUGGCGCUACUCUCUCCAGGACAUGGUAGCGUAGUUGCGAGAUGUCGUGUCUUUUCUCUCUGAAGUGUCGUGACUGGAGCCUCUGAGUUGGAACUCCAUAUAGUUAUUUUCUGUUGUGACACUCGAUCUUUAAGAGAAUGUAUGGUCUUACCCACAUAUACCAAGCCGCACGGACACUUCAGGAGGUAGACCACAUAAUCAGUCUGACAUGUAAAGAAGCCUCUUAAUUUAAUUUGCUGUCUUGUUCUAAGAUGGGUGCAGAAUUCCCCAUUGAUUUCUCUGCAGCAGUGAUAGCAGCUUAGACAUGGGUAGGUACCAUGAACUGGUUUAGAUUGAAAUGUUUGUUUAUUAGACAUCAUAGUGUCUGUCCUGACUACCUUAUUGCAUAUUGAUUGUCCUUAUUUGUGAGCAAAUAAAUGGGGGUCUCUAAACCGGUGCCCAUGUUCUUAUCCAGUUGAAGAAUGUACCAGUGUUUACAAAUGAUGUUUAAUAUUUGUGUUGAAAGGGGUGAGAAGGUACUUACAAAAUCGAGUCUGUCCUGUCUGGAUUUCUGUGAGGAUAAGUGUUUCACGUUUCAUUCUCGUAACUUUCUGCUUAGUAUUAUGUAGAAGGUGUAGACUAUAUGCUUUAUCCAAAAAUUUAUUUGCAAAGGUCAGUUAGCAGGGUAUCAAUCAGAUUGUUAUCACUGACGAUUCUGCGGACUCGUAAGAACUGACUGUACGAGAUAGAAUGGAUUUGUUUAGGUGGAUGACAUUUUUUCUUAAUGUUUGCCUGUUUAUUCUGCUGGAACUACAGUGAGAGGGACUUCAGCUCAGGUCAAAUCGUGUGUAUUAUUUAAACCUUUAGGUAUUGCAAUUACUUAUGCUUCUAAUGUUUCUUUCUUUUCUUCUUUAUGAGCGCUAUUAGCUAACUGCCCAGCACUCUCAGCCAGUCAAUCACUACAUUGCCAAUUUACAUUUAUAAAGAGAAAGUUUUAAAGAAACACUGUAGGGUCAGUAACACAAACCUGCAUUUUUGAGCCUAUAGUGUUAAAACUGCCAUCUGGCCCCCCUUUACGCCCUUAAAUAUAGUAAAAUCUUCCUUUUAUUCCACUCUGCUGCUGCUGGCUCUGCUCCUGAUCUGCCUUCUUGGCUGACAUCAUUAGAAGUGUUGAUCUGAGACUAUCAAGAAGGCAGAUCAUGGGCAGAGCCAGCACAAGCCAAACACAACCCUGGCCAAUUAGCAUCUCUGAAUCAAUGCAUCUCUAUGAGGAACGUUCAGUGUCUCCAUGCAGAGGGUUGGAUACAUUGAAUGCCAGUCACACUGUGCAGCACUGCCCCAGGAAGCACCUCUAGUAGCCAUAUAAGGAAUGGCCAGUGGAGUUAGGCUGUAAUGUAAACACUGCAUUUUCUCUGAAAAACAAUGGUUACAGUAAAAAGACUGGAGGGACUAAUUCUACUCACCAGAACAAAUUCAAUAAGCUGUAAUUGUUCUGGUAACUUUACUGUCCCUUUAAUUCCACAUUAUUUAUGCGACAGAUGAGGGUGUGUCUGCUUUUCUGUUUAUCAAACUGCUUCUAAACAGCAAGACCUAAAACCUGGGGGAAGUGUCCUGAGACUCUAGACAACAAAACCACCAGACUGCACUGUAUUGGUUAUGUUGCUUAGUGUUCAUUUUCUUUAGGUGCGGCCGUGCCCGAGGCCCUGGAAGGCCGGAGUAGGAGAUUGCCAAUGUUCUGGGAUCCCGCUGGUUUCACGGGUCCCUGGCGUCUUCUUCCCCAUACUGGCAAUGCGUUUUUGCUGCAAAACUAGUGAUUUAAGGUUUGUUUAAUAGCUUUUACAGGCUUGUUGUAGCGGAGCGCUCUUGCAGCACGUCUGCUCUUUUCGGCCGCUCCAUUAAUGACUUUUGAACAGUUCUGUUUUUUUUGUGUGUGUGUGUUUUUGUUUGUUUUUUGUUUGUUUUUUUACAUUCAGAAGUGCAGGCCUGACAUCGCAGGGACUCCAUCACUGCAUUGGGGAACAAAAAGAAAAGUAAUUUUUUUUUCUAGUCUUUAUUUAGAUUUAGGAGGGCGUUUGAAUCUAAAUAAAGAGGAGAACACUGCAGCAGGAUGGAUACACAAUAGUGUUCAUUUGCUUCUGUUUGUAGUGUAUAGUGGAUACCAGCAGGGGGAGUAGCAAUGCAGUUCUACUGAGAAGCUGUUUCAACAAAUGUAUCUGGUAACAAUUUGAGGGGGUGCUUUGUUUUUUUUUUUGUUUUUUUUUAUUGGGGUGGGGUGGGGGUUUGCAAAGAAAUUAAGGAAUUUUGAGAUCUUUUGACAAUUAUAUUUGUGGAAAGAUCAUACACUUUGGAUGUAAGUGUAGUGCUGAUAUGAAUUUAUUUUCCUCUACUUUACAAUGUACCGUCAUCUUAGCACCACAAUAGCAAAAAAUAUAUCUUAAUUUUUUUUCCCUCUCUCUCUAUGCACAGAACUGCACAGCAUUGAAUCUCCACCCCAAAGGCCAGAAGGUUAUGGAGCAAAAACAUUAAGGGAUUCUAUGCUUAAAUAUCCGGACUCUCACCUACCAAAGGAGCAGCAUCCACUCCCACGGAUACCAGCUAAUCCAGGCGUACCCAGGCUACCAAGACGAAUACCAUGGGUGUGUAUAUUUUUGGUUCAUUUUUCAAGGGAAAAAAUCCUAAAGCUAUCAUAUAAUCUGCUCAUUUCUUUACAUAAUUUGGAAUAAAACAAUGUGAGCCACAGGUAGUUUGCCCAGUUUAGGGUAGGUUUACUUGUAAUUGUCUGUUGUAGUUCCGACUAGGAAUUUUUGUUACUUUAUUUAUUUAUUAUUUUUUUUUUGAAGGAUCAAUUUAAAAAUAGUUGUAGAGAGCAUGGAAUUUUCACAUGGCUUAUUUGACCUCCCUGGUGAUACAAGUGUCAUAAAGAAGUUCAGAUGAGUAACCCUUAAUAAUAAACUCUGAGCAGUUUUUUGUUUUUUUUAAAUCAGCAGCGUUUGUAGAUUAUUCUUGUGUUGCUAUAUGAGAUAUUAGUGUUUUAGUAUUUUUUUUUGAUGAUGGAGACACAUUAAACUUUGAAAACUGGGAAUGUAACAAGAUCUACCGUUUCUUUCCUUGCCAGUGUUCUAUGGAAACUGGAAAGCCAAUUAAAGUAUUUUUUGAGUCGAUUUCCAUGAGCAUAUUUUUUAAGGGGUUCAUUGAAAUACACUUAUCAUCUGAUUCUGUUGCUAUUAUGAUCAAAGUUCCUGAAAUGGGUAAUUCACAUUUAUUUACAGUAGGAAAAAAACAUGACGUAAUCCAUACUUUAACUUUGUAAGUACAUGCUCUGAUACGUGGUUUCAUUCUAAUAUUUUCUUUUUCUUUUUGAAACACUUAAUAUGAUUCCUCCAAUCCAUCAUCCUGUCAAAGCAUAAGUACAUAGGCUUGGUUUUUUGUUGUUUGUGUUUUUGGGGGAAGGAGGGGGCUCUCACAAGACAAAAACAAUUAACUUGCAAUAUGUUUUUAUAUUUAUGGAUUUCAUGUAAAUAAAUGAAAGGGUUGCAUUAUAAUGUGUGUUAAAGUGACAUCAUUUUAUGUUAUCAGGAUGAUUAUUCAUUCCGAAUCCCACAAACAGACUCAAAGGAAGACAGAGGUAAAUAACCUUUCUGAUAUAUCGUUUAUAACCUACCUGUAAUGCACAUGCACAGUUGUUGCUUUUGUCACUCAGAGGCCACUUAAGCUCAGUUUAAUGCAUUGUGCUUUACACAAAAUGCAGGGACAUAUUGACCAUUUUGUUAGGACAACCUAAAUUUAAAACUUUAAAAACCCUCUGUAAGACUUUUUCUCUCUACCACCAGCAAGCUGUUUCUGUUGGCAGCUGCCUGACUCCCAGCCUGACAACCAGGGUGUCUCCCUUCCAUUCUCCCACACUUGAACAUGGCCCCAUGUUACCCACUGUCCAUUGUGGUUCAUUGAAAAGGGGACGUUUAUUAUGAAGAGAGUGUAGAAACUAUGAUGAUGCACGACCAUACACUGGUGUAGGUUAGAAAGACGUACGGAGGAACUGUGCAAAUAGGAGGAGCAAGUGGGACUGAUAUGGUGUGUAGCAAGAGGUUAUUAUUCAGAUUGGUAGUUGAGAUGGGGUAAAUAGAUGCAAGUAGUGGGGAAUUAAAAUGAAAGGAUGGGGAAGUGAACUUUAAUAGAGAACCUACACUUAUAUACAAAGGAUAUGAUGGUAUAAUGGGGCAAAAAGUGUGGAGAACUUUAUAUGGAGGGGACAAGAUGAUAUGGAUUGAUCCAUAAUUCUGGAAGGAAAGAAUAGGGAACACAUGAAAAGAGAUUUAAACAUUAAAGGAACACUAUAGGAUCAGGAACACAAACAUGUAUUCCUGACCCUUUAGUGCUAGAAACGCCAUAUAGCCCCCAUGUCACCCUAAAUAUAGUAAAAUCUUACCUUUAUUCCACUCAGCUGCUGCUGACUCUGUCCCUGAUCUACCUGCUUGGCUGACCUCAUCAGAAGGGAUUAUCUCACUAUUCACAUAGGAAACCAUUGGAUUGGCUAAGAUUAUCAAGGAGGCAGAUCAGAGGCAGAGCCAGCACAAGCCAAACACAGCCCUGGCCAAUCUUCAUCUUUUUAUAGAGAUGAAUUAAAUUAGUGCAUCUCUAUGAGGAAAGUUCAGUGUCUCCAUGCAGUGGGUGGAGACACUGAAUGUCAGUCACACUGUGCAGAACUGCCCCAGGAAGCACCUCAAGCAGUCAUCUGAGGAGUGGCCAGUGGAGUUAUCACUACGCUGUAAUGUAAACGCUGCAUUUUCUCUGAAAAAGCUGUGUUUACUGCAAAAAAGCCUGAAGGGACUGAUUCUAUGCACCAGAACCAAUACAAUAAGCUGUAGUUGCUCUGGUGACUAUAGUGUCCCUUUAAUAGAGAAAGUGGGCAGUGGCUUAAAAAGCAGGUGGGGGGACUGAGACAAGGAAAGGGUGACGGAAUCUGGGUAGGAAUCUUUCUGUUGCAGUUUCGUCUGUCAGGCAAUCAUUUGCUAUUACUGUGUUAUAGCAGUCUGUGUCAAUAUGUAAUCUGUGACAUACCUGUUUGCCCACACUUGACUGAUAUGAAAUCAAUAACUUAUAGUUACACCGGGCUAUAUAAAUCUCUCUCUGUCUAUCAGAUCUACGCCUCAGUCCAGAUUGGUUUGGUAACUCCUUUGUUUAUACUUCUCUCUAUCUAGAUCUGGAUUCAGAAGUAUCCUCUAAGGGUUUGGAUGCCUUCUUGGGCCCAUCAGGACCUAAGUCUUCUUCCUAUUUCCAGAGUGUGUCUGUUUCCAGAGUGACGAAAGCUGAUGGGGUGAGGAUGAGAGUGAUUGCUUUAUUUGGGUCUGCAGUAAACUAGUCUGCCUAUUUUGUUUUGCUUGAUGUGUGUGGAUCCCAGACAGUCUGCAUUCAUGCUGUUAAUGUGUAUUAUGCUGUAUCAUGCUAAAUCCUAUUAAGAUUUUGCCUCUUUUCAGACUACAGAAGAGCGACGAACUGUGACAGACGGACACGGAAAACGAACCACCAGUGUGACUGUCCGCCGCGGGGACCAGAUUCUCAGUAGCACAACAGAGAACCCUUCCCAGGGUGCCCUCUUUGGUAAGUUGAUUGUGGCUGCAUCACUGGCUUACCUUGAGUAGCCAGUUCACACCUCAUUAAAGUCAACAAAAUGGCAGUAUGCAGUACAGUGUUAUAAAACUCAUUCACUGAGCGUUUUCACUACUUGUAACUUCUACACUCUGUUCGCAUGUUUAGAUGGAGAUUUGAGUUAGUAUUCCCUUCCAGAACAAUAUCUGUGUAUAAAUUCCACAGAGUGACAAAAGAACUUUGAGUUUGCCAGACGUGUUCUAACAAUAACAUGUAGAUUUCUCCUAGCUUCAGUACUCUACCUCUUCUGGUCUCACUUCAUAAAAGAUGUAAGCAGGGUCUGUACUCCUAUAGAGGCAAAGCCAACUCAUCACAGCUGUGAUACAGGUAGCCUGGAAAUGGAUCACUACAAGAUUUCAAUGACAUUUGCAAGAAAACCCACAUUACUUAUUAAAAGGAUAUUCUAAGAACCAAAACCUCUUUAGCGUAAUGAAGUGGUUUUGGUAUAUAAAACAUGGCCCUGCAGUCUUACUGCUCAAUUAUCUGCUACACUCUGUCCACACACUCUACAUCUUUUACCUUCCCUUAUUGCACAAUCUGUUUAAUGUACAGGGUUAUUCACAAAGUGAGAAUUCAAAGUGAAUUUCAAAUUUAAGAUAAAAAUAGCCGAACUGGAAACAUUCUCUAAGUUAGCAUUGCAUUCAGUUCAGCUACUCUGGCCUUAAAUUCACUUUGAAUUCUCACUUUAUUCAAUCACCCUGUUAGAAUUGUUUGUCUUGUACUCUCUUAAUAGCCUGAUAGAGCCUGCAGGAGCUUCUUUUUCAAUUAACCGAGCUGAGGAUAGCAUAGUUACUUGGGUGGGAAAGCUCCCUGUUGAAGUUGGAGGUAAUCUUUCAGCAUUUCUGAGCAACAUAGGAAGCACAAGCAAAAGCAUCACCUUUCCUGGCUCUGUAAGAUGAUUGGCGGUGUGAGAAGCAUCGAAAGGGAGUUCCUCCUCUGGGCUCAGCGAUUUCACAGGCACCGGCACUACUUGUGGAUUUGGCCUUGGAGAGUACGCGAGUCUGUGGCUUAAAGAUGCUGGGCUGGGGUAACAUCAUACCUUGAUUCUGUUUCGCAGUCUCUCCCAAAGAUCACCCAGCAGGUCUUCUGUGCUUCCUGCUGUCAGGUGUUGACUGUCUGCAGACUCCCUUUUUAUAUGCAGCCUUCCUGCCUGAGUUUUAAAUCAGAAUGACAUUAGUGGACGUUAUCUAGCCUCUGUAUAUGGUUAUAUGCUUUCCUUUUGCUAUGUUCACUUUGUUUUCUUUUAUUCUCGUUCUCAUUUUCUCUCUGAGUACAGUGGUAAUACCAUUUUUGGUACCUUUUUUUUUUUUUUUUUUAUAUAUAUUUUUUUUUUUUUAUAUAUAUUUUUAUUUUUUUACCCAUAGUUAUCAUAACCUGUCUUCAGACAUGGAUAGCUGGCUACGCAAAGUAAAUUAGCCUAACGUUAGAAACUUUGGCUGUCAAAUAGAGUUAAUCGCCAUGCCUAAUGGGCUUCAUUCUACACAGAUGUUGUAUUUCUAUCUUUGGCCACUGUACCUACGUCUUGUUUUGAUGCCUAUACAUGCACAACGAAAAUAUAUUAGAUUUUUUUUCUCAUGUUUAUUUGCCUUCUCACGUAUAUGGCUCUUGAUCGACAUUAUUGCCUGUAUUAUCAUAUCUCUACUCCAUAAUAUUUAAUUGACAAAAAAGGCAUCUCAAUAAAGCCCAAAAUAUAUGAUGAGAGACCACAUGGUGUCCACUUUUGCAAAUCGUAUGCAUUUAUAAAGUAAUUUAAAUAUGUAAGCUACUAAAAUGCCCCAAAACUGAAUCUCAGAAAAAAUGGGGGUUGGUUUUGUUGUCUUGGAUAUCACCAUUUAAUUUUCUAGAUUAGCCCAUCUAAUCACCUUUUUGCAGCCCUGUGUGUUUAAACCUGAAGUAAACACUUUGCUAUGAGAUCUCAGAAAGUCUGUGUGAGUCACAUGCAGGGAGGUGUGACUAGGGCUCCAUAAACAAAGUGAUUUAACUCCUAAAUGGCCGAGAAUUAAGCAGUAUUAACACAGAGGCAUGAGCUAUACACAAACUGCUUCAUUAAACCAAAGUUGUUUUGGUGACUAUAGUAUCCCUUUUACACAACCAGACUAUAUACAGACUUAUCAGGCCUAAACAUUGUUUAAGUAUGUGGUUUGAUCACUAGAUAGCAUUUAGCCUUCAGUUUGUUAUUAAUAUCCCAGACAAUCUGCUCUUUUUGUAUUUUUGCUGUCCAUGGCAAGGGAAGAAACUGUGCAACAGAUGUUAGUUAGGUGGUCAAUGGUUUAGGGAUGUGGGCUAUACAUCCAUCCAUGCCACAAAUUCAUUUCAGGGAACUUGAUACUCUGCAUAGAUUAUAAUGUCACUUUAUCCUGUAUUGUGAUAAAAGUACCAAUCAUUGUUAUAUACUGAAAAUAUUUAUAUACACAUACUGCUAAUGCUAAUAUAAAUCCCUUGCAUCCCGUUCUGACAACUAAACGGUUAAAAACCCUUUAGUUACUUAAGUCCAGCUCCUAUGUCCCUCAGCGCACCGCCUCCUCCGACAGCAUCUGAUUUGGGGGCGGGGGGACUAAUGUGCAUGCGCAAUGAGCGCUGGGGGCACAUUGGGCUGCCUGAUUGACAGCCACUAGGGGCAGUCCUAGUCCUGCAUUGUAUUAUUUCUCAGAAACUGCAAUUAUUGACAUUGCAGGAGUAUGGGAGACUGUGACACUGCAAUGAGCUGAAGUGUUGUGGGUGACUGUAGUGUCCCUUUAUAGCGUGCUCAUAGUCCAAUGUAAAGGGGGUUUAGCCCCUGAAAAUAUAUACAAAUAAUAUGUUAUCACUAGUCAAAGUGUAAUCACUGCAGACUCAGAAUAAACUUUCCACUGAGAAGGAUACAAUGUAAUAUUCUGUAACAAUUCCAAUCUGUAACAAUCAUUUCCAGCAAUUCACAAGGCACAAUGUAGUUCACAGCCCUUUAGUGGCCCCUAAAUAAGGAUGACUGUACAGUGGCUUAAGCCUAGUGUUCACUUUAUGUUCAUGGUGAUUCUCAGUGGUGUUGAUAUGCUUGAUGAAGAUGUGAACUUAUUUCUCAGUAUCCGCGUAUAAAAGGAACACAAACAUGUAUUCCUGACCCUAUAGUGUUUAACCCACUAUUUAGGUGGCUUCCUUAAAAGUUAAUAAAACUCACCUUAUGUCCAGCACCGCGUGGGUGACAUCAUCAGAAUUGCUGAUUUUAAGCCAAUCCAUGGGAAAAGCAUUGGAUUGGCUAAAAUAGGCAAGGGGGCUGACCAAACACCGUUUUGGCCAACUGGCACCUCUUCAUAGAGAUGUAUUGAAUCAAUGCAUCUCUAGAGGAGAGGAAAAUAAAAGGGAUGCAAGAGAACAGGCAGCAGCUGAAAUAGCCUGCCCUUUGGUGGGUGCCCGCUCAGAUCUCAAGCUGGUUUUAGCUCAUCUUGUGCCAUUACAGAGAGAACAUCUCUGAAACAAAUCAGACCCAUACAGGCAGUCCAGAUCCGAAAUGCCAGCAAGUUCCCUCUGCACGAGAGAUACAGCAACUCCAGACGAUUGUUUCAGCCUUGUUAGGCAUCCUCAGUGAGGCAUAGCUGAUAUCUCCCUAGGCACCGCGAGCAAGGGGUCCACGUCUGGAUUACCCUUUAAACUAAUGGAGCCUAGAGAGAUAUCAGCUAUGCCUCACUGAUGAUGCCUAACAAGACUGAAACGAUCGUCUGGGGUUACUGUGUGUCACGUGCAGAGGGAACUUUUUUUGGAUCUGGACUGCCCGUAUGGGUGGGACCAGUCUGAUAUGUUUCAGAGAUGUUCUCUCUGUAAUGGCACAAGAUGAGCUAAAACCAGCUUGAGUUCUGAGCGGGGACCCACCGAAGGGCAGGCUAUUUCAGCUGUUGCCCGUUCUCAGUAUACUCAUGCGCCCUUUUUUUAUUUUUUGCUCUCCAUCUCUAUGAGGAAAAUUCAGCGUCCCCAUCCAGAGCGUGGAGAUGCUGAAUGGCACUGCUGCCUACUGUGCAGCACUGAGCCAGAAAGCAGAUAUAUUUUGUUACCACUCUGUCCAAAUCACUAGCAAAACUCCUUCCUGGAUUAGGAAUUCCAGGGCUGGGAGGACACAGGUGGUAAGUCGCUCUAUUGGCAGUGAUUCAGACAUUAUCCAUAUCUACAACCAUUAUUCCAGACCUGGCUUCUGCAUGCCUUCUGCCAUUUCCGGCGUUCUGACUGUAGUGAGCGACGGAGUAAUCACUGUGGCCAGACCACAAGCGUUUUGGUCGGAUCUUGUUCUCCCCAUGGCAGCCCUUCCACUUGCCUGUGUCAGCAUAGAGUGCCCACAAAACACUGCCUGACAAGCAGUUCUAGGCGAUAGGAAUAGCCAGUCCCUGUAAUAUAUUAUUUAAAUUCAUGGUUGUAUAUAUUUUCCCUUUACUUUGUACUAUGAGCAAGCUUUAAUGUGUGGAGGGAUGGAAAUAUUCUGUCUGCUCUAUUUAUUGCUUGAUCUAGUAUGUUGUAUUAAUUGUUAGCGCUACCAGUAUGUAUAUACCGUGUGUUAUCUUUUAUGAAUUCUUAAGGUAAGUGUCACUCUGGUUUCGAUGCUUUCGUUUAUUGAGGGUUACAGUUAAUCCUUUUAAAAACAGUAACAGUCAUUUUUAAUACUAUUUCUCGCCCUCUCUUUUUAAAUACGUUUUUAUGUAUUAAAAGAACUAAACCAAAUAACACUUAAUUCUUUCUAUAUCUUGUCCCCACCCAGGUUACAAUCAUGUCUGUUCUGCUUUACUUACCAUUCCACAUUCUAAACAUGUUGUGGGUCAUGCACUCUUCUCCUGACUGUGCCACUUGGGCCACUUCUGACAUCUUCUGUUCCUUCAAAUUAUUAUUUAUUUUUAUCAUUUUCUUUUCCUGACUGUAAUCCAUGGAAACAUUUCACCAUGUGUCCUCCUCUUUCCCAUCAGGUGGAACAUACAAAUACUAGUCUAGCUUAUAAAUAAGGCCUUCCUACUGGAGCCCUGUUUUCCAAGGUCCAUCAGGACCAUAAAUUAAUUUUCACUUAGAUUACAACCAUGAAAUCAAAAUGAUUGAAAGUAAAGUUAUAUUUUUACUUUUUCCAACUAUCCAAGACAGAAUUAUGUCUAGGUCAUGCCCAAACAACUGACAAAACAGUAGUGAUCUAUUUUUUUUUUUUUUUUGAGAACUGCUGUAGAAUUCUAUGACUAAAACUCAACUGCUGUGGAAGAUGCAUGGGCCCUGCGGUCCUGGGGGGCCCAUGCACCCAGGCCCCUAUUCCCAAUGUGUAUAUAUAUAUGUGUAUGUGUAUGUAUGUAUGUAUGUAUGUAUAUGUGUAUGUGUGUGUAUAUAUAUAUAUAUAUAUAUAUAUAUAUAUAUAUAUAUAUAUAUAUAUAUAUAUAUAUUUGUGUUCGGGGCAUUCUCAUAUGAUAUGGAAUACUCUGGUGGAGAGUAAUACAAUAAAAAGGAAAAAGUCGGUUGAGGUGUGCCGAAAACCGACGUAUGCUGUAGGCCGGUAAAUAAAGUGGGCAAAAGAUAAAGCAAGAUAAACAUUUAUUCGGUAACAUAAAUACAAAGAAAAAUACAAAUACAUUAUUAAGUAGACAUAUUAAUGAAAGCCCUCCUAAGCUCUUGGACUGGGUGCGGAAUGUAGGUAGCGUAAGCUGAGGACUUCCAUCGACCCAGUGUUUUAAUGACAUGCACGGGAACAUUUUGGCUAGAGGCUGUGGAGGCCGCACCAAUUCUGAAGGAGUGCCCCGAGUAGCUACUAGGGUUCAGACCAAGCCUGGUGAUAAGCAUUCGAACGUAAAGCAUGAAUUUUGACGUGGUGAGAAUGGUAUCGUGCAGCAUUAGUAGAGGCCUAGUGGGCUGUGUUUGUUUUGUGGUUAAAAAAACGUCUAGUGCUUUUACUGGGCACCAAUUGUUACCCGUGGGGUAGUAGUUAAUGUGAACUGGUUCCCCCCUCUGACUUGUCUUAGUCUUAGGUAGAGACAGGACGUAGUAGUCUGUGUGUUUCGUGAGAUGUGACGUGAGGAGGCACCCUUGGUUAUGCAGUUGGCCACUAACGGUGAAUUCCCGUGGUCUAAGAAAUCCGUAAAAGGCCAGAUACAUGGCGGCUUUAAUAACCGCGUUUGUAUUGGGUUCAAAAGGUGCUUGGUCGAGUAGUUUGGACAGGGAUUUGAACAUUCCUAUGUCAAUAGCCAAUCUUUUGGGCGUAGCUGGACCGUCUGCCUUUGCUAUACCUUUCAGUAGCGUGCGGAUGGGGUAUGAGGUUAAGAACCCUUUGUGGUUAGGGAGUGAGUAGUACAUGUGGUGUUGUAUCCCCGUGAGAUAAAGCUUAAUGGUGUUAUGUGUGAAUUUUAACUUAAGGUGGCAAAAGGAUGCAAAAGCCAUUAGUGAUGAUACUUCGAACCAGUUGGUUAGGUGAUGGUCAGUCAUGAAUUGUUUAUAUAGGUGAAAUGCUCUGUUAUAUGAGUGUUGAGUGCUAGUGGACAAAGCAAAUUUUGUGAGAGUGAGGCUGUGAUGAAGUAGUUCAUCUAUUCCAUGACAAGGUCUUGGAAGGUUGGCGCUGGGGUUGCCAUACGAGCUGCCGAGGGUAGGGACCGUCUGAAAGCCUGAAAUUGAAAGCGAGAUAGCUGGUCAGCUGCCAUAUUGUAUAUGCCGGGAACAUGGGAGCAUACAAUGUGGAAGUGAUGGGUGGCUGCCAGCCAAGUCAGUUUCCUAAUGAAAUUCAUAAUUAUCAAGGAGGAAGAGCGACUUUUGUUGAUAAUGUGGCAUAUUGCCAUGUUGUCAGAGAAACAGCGUACUGACUGACCUUCCCACAACCUACACCAAGUGACAGCUGCGGCAACUAUUGGGUAUACCUCAAAAAGGGCAGAAUUAGUGUGAAACCCCUCGAUGCCCUGUGUUUCUGUUGGCCACGUCCCCCAGAGCCAAUUUGUGCCAAAAAUGGCCGCAUAUCCCGCGGAUGAUGCUGCAUCUGUCCAAAUGACAGGUGACUGAGAAUCCAGCUGUGGAAGGAACAUGCUCCUACCAUUCCAGUCAGAGAGGAAUCUGUACCACAUCUGAAGGUCGGCAGUCGCAGGGCCGUUCAAAGAUAUGCGGGCAUAGUCGUUGGUGAAGGUGGGGAACAGGGCAAGGAGCCUGGAAAUGAAAGCCCUGCCCUGGGGGAUUAUGCGCAUGGCGAAAUUUAGUGAACCCAACAGAGAUUGUAGUUCUUUACGGUUGCAUGAGCCCCUGUGCAUGUAGUGGUUAAUGUCGUGUAGAAUGUUAUCAAUCUUAGCUCUAGGGAGGCUGGCCAUCAUAGCUGCUGAAUCGAGCAGAAUACCUAGGAAGUUGAUGACUGUGUCUGGACCUUCUGUCUUGGUGGGUGAUACGGGGACGCCGAGUGCGGUGAAUAGUUUGACAGCUUUGUGUAGGCUACACGGGGGGUUGGUGUUUGCUUCGAUGAACAGAAAAUCAUCCAGAUAGUGUAUCACAUUUUGGCACCUACUGGUAUUAAGGAGGAGCCAACACAAAGCCUCAGCGAACGUGUCAAAGAUCCUUGGACUACUCUUGGCUCCAAAAGUGAGUUUUGUAAAAAAGUAGUAGGCUUCUUGCCACUUAACUCCGUGUAGGUACCAUAACGAGGGGUGUAUAGGUAAUAGUUUAAAAGCAUUGACUAUAUCCGUCUUGCUGAGCCAGGCCCCCACCCCCGCUGACCUGAUAGCUGCAAUAGCGUGGUCAAUAGUGGCGUACUGUAAGGAAAAUUCUUCCGAAGGAAUCAAUGAGUUUAGGCUGGGGAUGGCUGAAGAGUGGGGAGCGGAUAGGUCAAUGAUGAGCCUUUGUUUGUCUGAAUUUUUACUUGCGACCAGCCCGAUAGGGUUAGUUCUCCAGCUGGAAAAGGGGGGAUUACCAAAAGGACCGAUGACAAAUCCCUGGUCCACUUCCAGUUGUAGCAAGUUAGUGACUGCGGUAGGGUUAUUAGAGGCUGACUGCAAAUUGUGACAUUCUAACACUCCUGUUGGCAUGUAAAUGAGCCCCGUGUGAAACCCGUGGGUGAGACCUGUGCAUAAAAAUUCCACCAGGUGUUUAGAGGGGUGAGUGGACAGCAUGUGUUCAAGUACAGGAACGUUCACUGGAGACAAAUAAGGUUUCUGGAACAUUUUAUUUGUGCACAUGGAUCUCGCAUGUGCCCGAAAACAGUGUGAGCAUACAUGUAAUAAGCGGCAAGCGCUGUAACCACAGGAGCCUUCAUUGAAGUUAUUGCAAAUUUGUGAUUUGCCUAGGUACACAACCGGACGACCCAAUUUGUCUCUGGUCUGUUUCUCAGUUUUAAGGGGGUGCUGUAGGGACGUGCUGGGAGCGUUGUCCGGGCAGAGGGGGCACAAAUAAGCUGUGUGAGCGGGUGACGUACAUAUGGCACAAGCUGGUGUCCUGAGCCCCGCAAAGUGUCUGAGGAACAAUUCAUUGUCCAGUUGGCUCCAAUCCAUCUGGAUGCCAUACUGGGACAAUGUGGCUGACACUUUAGAUGAAAAAGACUUGUGAUAGUCAGAAAAAGUGUAACCACCAUAUUUGUUACCCAGGUCCACCAGUUUAUGCAUAUAUAAGUCCAGUUCCUCUCUCCUGUGUGGAUGAACUGAGCACAGGAUGUCCCUAUAGAUACCAAAAGACAGGACAAAAUCGGGAAUGGUCAAUUUCUUACUGAGUCUGGGGUCUCUGGCUUUUAAAACAACAGAGAUGUCCCCGUAGUCGUAAGAGCGGUUUUCCACUACAUCCUGGGAGGCAAUGAGCAAAGAGACCAAGUUUACGUCCUUGCCCUCCAGGAUGUCUUUUUUAAGAUUGGCCGGAACCAUGUGGGCAGGGUUAAUAACAUGUGCCGCUGUCUUGUUAGGUAUAGGAUUACCCGCUGUUGCUGUGGAUAUGACCGGGGCUGUACCAGCGAGAGGCACAGGUGGCUCUAUGGCGGAGCUGCGUGCCUCCAGCCUUUCCAGUCUGUCGUUGACCUUUCCCAUAGAAGAGAUUAGGGAGGCAACCAUAGCAUGGAGAGUCGGGUCUUGGGAGUUACUAGUGCCUUCCCCCGCGUCUGUCAUAAGGGUGUUUGUUUUAACAGUUUAAACAGUUCUGCUUUCCUGGCCGUGGCCGGGAAAGGGAUACUGCGUUUGCGUAAUUCCGCCGUGAUGCGAGGGAUAGUCCACGAUCUGAUGGACGAGGGACUUCCUAUGUCGUCCUUACGUGUCGGGGUAAGUGACCUAGCCGGGGUGCUAGGGACUGACAUGUCGUCGCCAUCGUCUGGGAGCAGGGACAUACUGAAAGUAAUAACAGGCAUAGUUGGAGGCUCGUUGGAAUAGCCGGUAGCUAGUUAGUGCCAGAUGGCGAAAAACUUAACUCUAGGUUUUGUGGCAGGUGAGGCCCUACUAGUGCCAAGUGGCUAGAGAGGCUCUAUCUAUGAGUUGGCGCGAGGGGUAUGGUAGCCUGCCCAGUGAACCGGGAUGUUUGCCUCUCCAAGGGUAAGUAUGGAGGAAGAAAAAGGGGGGGAGGGGGAGAGGGGGGUUUGGUAGUGACAGGUGUCGCCCUCUCUGUAUAAUUGCGAGGCGGCUAACUAUGAUUUGGCCCGAGGGGCGUAAAGUACCUCGAAGUGGAGGAUGGGAGUUGGCCUCGCGGACCUCUAUGAUUAAGGGGCAGGGAAUUAACUAACGUGGCGUUGUAGAAAAAGAAGCGUGUAACCGACAUACCUGCAGAAAAUUGAGCACUGGUUCUGUAAGAGAAUUCAGGUGUCUCUUGAGUAGGGGGGUGGUUAGUUUAGGUGACCCGUCCGAGGUAUGCGGAUUCCUGGGGGUAUGAGAAUUAAGAUAAUGAACCCUUAAGUGGAACAUAUAUAAAUAUGGCGUAGUAAGAGUCCUGGGGGGGGGUUGCCGCGUAUUACCACCCCCCCCCCCCAAUGUAUAUGAUGUUAGUUAAGAUUUAACGUUACCAAUACUUGCAGAACAUUCUUAACAUAUGUUAACCAGCAAUAAGUAAACAUAUAUGCAUGUAUCACAUUUUAACAAGCAAGUCAUACCUUAUAUAUAUAUAAUAACAAAAAAAACAAAAAAAAAUUGUGUGAGGUUAAUACAACCAGCAUCUUAUUUAGCAGUAUAAGUGUAAAAACACAGCUGUUUAUGUAUAACAGUACUUAAAAAUAAUUGCUAUUAAUUAGACAUAAAUAACCAUUGUAACCAUAAUGACCAGAGGGUAUAUGCAUAAUGAAUGGUGGAGGCUGGCUGAACUAAGGGUCAACCAGCAGCAAAGAAAUGACCCCCUUUAAGCCAGGUGCACCCCCCCCCUUCCCAAGUGUGUAGUUGGUGGGAAACAGGGUCCCCUAACGUUAUAGGGGUCUGUUUGUGGCUUGUGAGAGCCAUACCACUUCCCCCUUCCACCCCCCCCCCUCCCCUCCCCUUCCCUUCGAAAAAGAUUCCUCCCUGGUGCCGAAAACAGAGACUCCUAGGUAGUAAUGGAGUCUCUGUUCUGUGUGUGGGAGCUCCUCUUACCGCCCGGACCAGUGGUAGGCGAGGAGGGUAGCCGAGACCUCCGUUCGGGAGCCGGUGGAGCCGCCGGAAGUUGGCGCGUGACGUCAGAAGAGGGCGCCGCGUCUCACCGGAAAUGACAAUUUCGACCCGGAAGUCGGGAGCGACGGAGGCCUGCGAGACAAGGCUGUUCGUCUGGACCAACGCAGGUAAGUGAGGGAAGGGGGGAGUCCCCUUUUUAAGUAGGUCUAUUGCCCCUCCCACAAAUUCAGGCCCUGCCUUCAAACAUGUGUAUAUAUAUAUAUAUAUAUGUAUGUAUGUAUAUAUGUAUAUGUAUGUGUGUGUGUGUGUGUGUGUGUGUGUAUAUAUAUAUAUAUAUAUAUAUAUAUAUAUAUAUAUAUAUAUAUAUAUAUAUAUAUGUAUGUAUGUAUAUCUCAAGUAUUGCUAUAUAUAUGUGUUUUGGCAGUGGCAGAACUACCUGAGGGAGCCCAUCGGGUGGUCCAUGCACUUAGGGCAAAUCUCUAAAGGGGCCCGAUCAGUGCUGUGGAUUUCCAAUAGCUAGACUGGGCCCCUUUAAGUGAGCUCACUUCCUCCCAGUUAACACCGCACGGGAGGAAGCACUGGGGAGUGAGAGGAGGAGAGAGAGCCAGACUCCCAUCAGCCCCAGCCAGCAGAGUCCACCCUCCUGCAGCCAAAAGGUAAGAAACAGGAGGGUGGUUUUAAAAAAGUGUCAGUGUGUAUGUAUCUAUGUGUACCAGAGUGUUUGUGUGUGUAUAUGUCAGUGUGAGUGUUUGUAUAUGUGUGUCAGUGUGUACCUGAGUGUGUGUGUCUGUGUAUCUAUCAGUGUGUGUAUCUUUGUGUUUGUUUGUAUCUGGGUGUCAGUGUGUGUAUCUGUGUCUGUGUAUCUAUCAGUGUGUGUGUCUGUGUAUCUAUCAGUGUGUGUGUCUGUGUAUCUAUCAGUGUGUGUGUCUGUGUAUCUAUCAGUGUGUGUAUCUGUGUUUGUGUCUGUGUAUCUAUCAGUGUGUGUGUGUUUGUAUCUGUUUUUGUGUCUGUAUAUCUAUCUGUGUCUCUGUUUGUGUGUGUGUAUCUGUCUGUGUAUGUGUCUGUGUAAAUAUCAGUGUGUGUAUCUGUGUUUUGUCUGUGUAUCUAUCAGUGUGUGUAUCUAUCAGUGUGUGUAUCUGUCUGUGUGUGUAUCUGUGUAUCUAUCAGUGUGUUUAUCUGUCUUUGUGUGCAUCUGUUUGUGUCUGUGUAUCAGUGUGUGUAUCUGUGUGUGUAUGUGUGUAUCUGUGUGUGUGUCUGUAUCUAUCAGUGUGUAUCUGUGUGUUUCUGUGUAUCUGUGUGUGUAUCUCUGUGUGUGUGUCUGUGUAUCUCGGUGUGUAUCUCUGUGUGUGUCUGUGUAUCUAUCAGUGUGUGUAUCUGUCUGUGGAUCUAUCUGUGUUUGUGUCUGUGGAUCUAUCUGUGUGUGUCUGUGGAUCUAUCUGUGUGUGUCUGUGGAUCUAUCUGUGUGUGUCUGUGGAUCUAUCUGUGUGUGUCUGUGGAUCUAUCUGUGUUUGUGUCUGUGGAUCUAUCUGUGUUUGUGUCUGUGGAUCUAUCUGUGUUUGUGUGUGUGUCUGUGGAUCUAUCUGUGUUUGUGUGUGUGUCUGUGGAUCUAUCUGUGUUUGUGUGUGUGUCUGUGGAUCUAUCUGUUUGUGUGUGUGUCUGUGGAUCUAUCUGUGUGUGUAUCUGUGGAUCUAUCUGUGUGUGUAUCUGUGUGUGUAUCUAUCUGUGUGUCUGUGUGUGUGUCUGUGUAUCUAUCUGUGUGUGUCUGUGUAUCUAUCUGUGUGUGUCUGUGUAUCUGUCUGUGUAUCUGUCUGUGUUUGUGUCUGUGUAUCUGACUGUGUGUGUAUCUGUCUUUGUGUGUGUAAGGCAAGUUGUUUUUGUCCUGCUCCAACACUUACAAUUCCAUUCCCCUUUUAUUACAGCUUUGUCUAAUUAUCCAAGAGCAAAAAAUUGGUAAUUCUUGGUUCUCCUUUGUGACCUAUUCACGUUAUUCAGGGAAGUCCUUUAUUUACAUUUUUACUUGCCCUUUCUUAAGAACCCCUAACCAACAAGAUAAGCCUGGCUCUCUUUUCUGGUAUUACUUUGGCAAACACUGGAUAUAAACUCUCUGUCUAUGCUGAUGAAGUGUUUUUACCCAUACUCGACUAGAUACAUCCCAUCUCACAUUAUUUGACAUUUUAAACAAAUUUUCAUCACUGACACGUUGUGUAGUUAAUCUGCAUAGAUCAGUUGUGCUUGCUAUUCAUGUCCUUGUUAUUCUAUCCCAACGUUUGUCUGAACUUUACUAAAUCACCUACUUUGCCAUACCCUAUGUAUGUAUUCAUAUUACUUCUGUUCCUGUGCCGAUUUACUCUGCAAACUUUUUUUUAUUAAAGAGGGAUUUGGAAACAUGAGUAGAGUGCAUAGCGUGAUGGUGAACCUUCUCCCUAAACUAUUAUAUUUAUUUCAGACUCUGGUUCCAUUAUGUAUCAUUGAUUUCAAAUCUAUUCAGCCAGCUAUUGAUAAUUUUGUAUGACAGGGAUAUAGGCGCAGGGUCUCUAAGGCAGUUAUCUAUUGUCCUAAACUAUGAGGGGAGUUGAGAUUACCUAUCUUCAUUUCUUACUAUAUUGCAGCGCUGUUGUCUCAAGUUCAGGUCUGGCAUUAUCGGAUCGAUUGUAGGCGCUAGGUUUAUUUGGAGUCCAGUCUUUUGUUUCCUGACCUCUGAAGUAGUACCUCCCUCACAUUUUCAAAGCCCUCUAUAUUUAAUUCUAUGCAAAUUUCAGAUUAAGGUCAUAAAUUACAACUCUUCCCCUCAUCAGUCUCUUCUAUUUCGCAUAACAUUGAUUUUCUCCGUGGUAUGACUUUGGUGCAUUUCUUGAGUGCGCUCUCGGGAGAUUUCCCCCUGGCAGCGGUCAGAUAUUUCCACCUGUUCGGGAAAGGUUGUAGUAUAGACAUUGAGCUAAAGGGAUCUCUUGUGCUCCAUGUUCCUGGACAGGAGGGGGCAGUUUGGGGUGAGGCCGUGUGUGUCAGUACACUUUAUGGUUGUGAGGAACCUGAGGGUCAUUGGUGAUCCGUCGUGUAUGGCUAGUUUCGCUCUAUGUUGGCUCGGGGUUGGCAGACAGCUGUAACUGGUCUUCCGAUUUGUGUAUGCAAUUCCUAGCACCUGGUGUAUACAAAGGAGAAAGGAGGGGUGGGGGGGGUUGGGUGUCUAAGACACCGAAGAGGAAUUGGGUGGUGUGUCAGUAAGGUUGGCCGUCAAUAACUCGACUAGUCUGAGGGAUGGUGUAGGGAGUCCUGGUGAUGGUGUUAAUUAUCCUUGCUGGGUUUGGACAUUAAUUUCGUCCAGGGCUCCCAUACUUCUUUGAAGAGAGCCAUUUUGUUGGACACUGAGGCUUGUAUUUUUUCCAUUACCGGAAGUGCGUCUACUCUGGUAAUCAUUCCCUGAUCGUCAGGAUAGUUGGGUUUUUCCACUUUACUGGAGUAAGAUGGUUGGCCGCUGUGAGGAGGUGGGUCAGAAGUCUGUGUCUUGGCGAUGGUGUGGGGUAGCAAUAGGAACAGCAGUGUGUGUGGGGGUAUAAGGGAGUUGUAUUCCCUUUAUUGUCUUAAUCAUUUUUGUUAUGUUUGUCCAGUAUCCCUGAGUUUGAGGGCAGUGCCACCAAAGGGGGACUAGGGACGCCCCUGAUUGUGCACAUUUCCAGCAGACAUCCAUGGAUUGGGGAACAGGGCAUGUAAUUUGGAUGGAGAGUAGUGCCAUCUAGCGAUUCGCUUAUAGCCGCUUUCUUGUAUCGUGUUACAGAUAGAUGUCCUAUGUAUCUUGGUGAAUAUAGAUUUCCAUUGGGCCGGUGUGAAUUGUGUGUUGAGGUCUUCAGACCACGCGGCUGUGAAUUUGGGAUGGUGAACUGUUUGUUCUAACUGGAGGAAGUUGUAAAAGGCCGAGAGUUGUUUUGUUUUAACGUUACUGGCGUUGCAUCUGGGUUCGAAGUCGGAAAAGGGACGAGAUCCUUUCGUAAGACGAGUGUCUGUGUGUAGGAAGUGGUUUAGUUGUGCAUGGUGGAAAAUCUGCAGUGUGGUUGGGGUGUCAGAGUUCGUGAGGCUGGGUAGUGGGCCUAUCGCGUUGCCCUCUAGUAUGCAUCCUAGAGUGAGGUAUGUCUGGUUGUACACCUCUUGGAAGCUGCGGUUGUUGGUGGGAUGUAAUCCCGGUAUAAAAAGGGGGUUUUGUGUUAUCGGGUAUAGGGGGUACGGGUGAGGGGAGAUCUUGGGGUUUUCAGUUAUUCUAUCCCAUGUCUGGAGUGCAGGUGUUAGCGUAGGAUGUGUGUCCUGGUCCCGGAGCAGUUGCGACGGAUGUGCCUUUUGACAUGGGGUUGUGUGUAUUUGGACUUUGAGUAGAGCGACCUCUAAUUGUGUCCAUUGGUGGAUCGGUGGUCUUUGGGCCAAUUCAUAUACUCUUGUUAGCAUUGUAGCAUGGUAAUAGCGCUCCACAUGUGGUAAGCCUAAACCUCCCCAGGACUUGUGUCUGGUUAGCACCUCGUAUGAGAUCCUGGGCUGCUUAUGCGCCCAGAUGAAAGGGGUGAAGAGACGUUUAAGCUUGGCAAAAAAUGAUUUGGGUUUGGCUAUAGGUAGGGUUUUCCCUAAAGUAGUCAUCUUAAAGGACCACUAUAGUGCCAGGAAAACAUACUCGUUUUCCUGGCACUAUAGUGCCCUGAGGGUGCCCCCACCCUCAGGGACCCCCUCCCGCUGGGCUCUGGGGAGAUGAAGGGGUUAAACUUACCUCUUUCCCCAGCGCCGGGCGGGGAGCUCUCCGCCUCCUCUCCUCCUCUUCGGCCGAAUGCGCAUGCGCGGCAGGAGCAGCGCGCACAUUCAGCCGGUCUCAUAGGAAAGCAUUCAUAAUGCUUUCCUAUGGACGCUUGCGUCUUCUAACUGUGAUUUUUCACAGUGAGAAGCACGCAAGCGCCUCUAGCGGCUGUCAAGAGACAGCCACUGGAGGCUGGAUUAACCUAUUUAUAAACAUAGAAGUUUCUCUGAAACUGCUAUGUUUAUAUAAAAAAAAAAAAAGGGUUAACCCUAGCUGGACCUGGCACCCAGACCACUUCAUUAAGCUGAAGUGGUCUGGGUGCCUGUAGUGGUCCUUUUAAGGAUGUUUAUGUUACAAAGCCAAGAAAAGUGUGUUUUUUGCCAGACCUGCAGGUCUUUGGAGAUAGUGAAAUAAGGGUUCGUAGUUCAAGUCGGAUAUAGACGGUAGGUUAGCCAACGGGUGCACACCCAGGUAUACGAUGGAUCUGUCUGCCCACUUGAAGGGGAAUGUUGACGUUAGGCGAGUACGUGUCUGCGGGGUCAUUCUCAGUGGUAGUAUUUCGCUCUUGUUGACCUGGAAGUUUGAGAGUGUGUUGUAAAGGGCUAUUUCCUCCAUCAGGGGAGGUAGUGACAAUUCGGGUGCUCGAAUAGUAAAUGGAAGAUCAUCGGCAAAUGCCGAUAUUUUAUAUUCCGCUUGUUGCACAGUAAUGCCACGAAUGAGUGGGUUUGCCCGAAUCCUGUUCAGAAAUGGCUCAAGGAUGAGGAUAUAGAUUCAGGAUGUGUGUUUAGGAGAUAGAGGCCGGGGCAGAUGAAAGGAGAGGCAAGGGUAUGGAGGAGAUAGGAGAAGGGCGGUGGGUAUAUGGGGGUUGGGGGGGAGGUGGGGGCUUCCCAUUCGUCUCUUCUUUGGGGUCUGCUGCCUCUGGGGGCAUUCGGUGGUGGGAUGGGGCCAUACCUGUCGGGGAUACGAGUCUCCGGUAAGUCCAGUGCUCUUAUGAAUACCGGCACAUCCUGUGGGCCUGAGAUGGUGUGUGAAGCCCCAUGGUAUGUGGCGGUUAGCGCAAAGGGGAAGCCCCAGCAAUAUCUGAGAUUUCUGACCCGCAGUUGAUCCGUGAUGGGUUUCAACGCCCUGCGUGCCUGCAGUGUCAUCCAAGACAGAUCUGGGUAUAUAGCUAUAGGUGCGCCCCGGUAUAGGAGCAGUUGUUGGGAGUGUCUCAGGGCCUCUAGUAUUUUGUUCUUACAGUCAAAGUAGUGGAGCCUGCACACCACGUCCCUUGGCGGAGUUGCCCUUGGGCUGCCCCAAUCUAUGCUAAAGGUCUAUGUUUCUAUAGGGAAUCAACACAGUAAAGGAGGAGACUAUAUUUAAAAGAAGAAAAACUACCACAACAAGAGGACAUAGUCUUAAAUUAGAGGGACAAAGGUUUAAAAAUAAUAUCAGGAAGUAUUACUUUACUGAGAGGGUAGUGGAUGCAUGGAAUAGCCUUCCAGCUGAAGUGGUAGAGGUUAACACAGUGAAGGAGUUUAAGCAUGCGUGGGAUAGGCAUAAGGCUAUCCUAACUAUAAGAUAAGACUAGGAACUAAUGAAAGUAUUUAGAAAAUUGGGCAGACUACAUGGGCCGAAUGGUUCUUAUCUGCCGUCACAUUCUAUGUCUACACUGGCUUUGUGAAAGGACCUCUAUAAGCUUUUUAUUUUGAACCCAUGGUCCUUUUUACUGUUUUAAAUUGAGGUCUAUGUUUCUUGAAGCGGGAAUGUCUCAUUUUAUUUUAUUUAUUUUUAUUUCUCUCUUUCAUGUGUCUCUACCUCCUGAUCUUUCUUUUUCUUUUUUCCCUUUUUGAUUUGUUUUUUCAUAACCCUUUGUUUAACUUCUGAACCAGUUGGGCUAAACGAAUCCUUUUUUUGAACCAAUAUUCUUCUUGCUGUUGUUGUUUAUGCUCUACACUAGCAAUCUCCGUUAUCUUGCCAUAUUUAAAGGUUAUUUUUCUUAUCUGGUAUGGUUUUACUAGUGAUUUCAUAGAGCUGUAAAAUAGGCACUGUUUUUUUCUACUGCUUAUUCCCUAAAUAUUCUUUAUUACACUUGCCUGACUUGUAUAAAGAUUUAAAAAAAAAAAUAUAUAUAUAUAUAUAUAUAUAUAUAUAUAUAUAUAUAUAAUAUAUAUAUUUAUUUCAUGGAAUUUUACAAUCUUUCCAAAGGAUAAGGAAGUAUGAAAGGGGGAGGAUAAAGGGGAAGGGGUUGAGAGCAGGAAAUGUGGGACCUUGACUUAAAUAAUGACCAUCAAGUUGAACCAAUCAGUCAAGAAGUCCUCCUUUUUAAUUUGAUAUGUGCUGUCUGUAUGUAUUUCCCUGUCUUCUUACUGUUUCAGCACAACUCUGGCCUCUAAUCCACCGCAUAUCAGUCUUGCUGUGAAUCUGAAAGAUGCAUAGUGAGACUUAUAGUAGAUGGCUCUGUCUGCUGGUUUGGAAUAUGUUGGGACAUUGCUUGCUCUUUUUAUAUCCUCUCUAAAUACGUAGAUGUAGACGUAGAAUCCAGCAGCAAAUUAGCUCACUGGGAAUUAGGCGAAAAGAUUGCUUCAUUGGAGAUGGUAGGACUUGGUUGGGUUGCAGGGAUCACUUCUUGUGUCAUAUAAUGAAACCAAUUAGUUUGAUUACAACGAUAAAAUGAGUGAUACAGUGUAAAAACAACUAAACAAAAAAAAAAAUCCUAGGUAAUGAAGAUUAAAUCUAUGAAUACCAGUCAAAGGUUACCUCUUUUUAAAGAGGAGUGUGUAUAACAAAGUGCUUAGACAAUAGAAGUGAUUUACAUCUAUACACUUGUGUGAAAAUAUCCUCUAUUCCACUAAGCAAGUAACAAGGACCUACACCCAUAAGUGGAGCGCUCAAACACAUAUACAGCUUACCAGACGUUAUUUCAUUCAAUGGUAGAAUAUAGGGUACAUGUUAAAGGACCACUCUAGGCACCCAGACCACUUCAGCUUAAUGAAGUGGUCUGGGUGCCAGGUCCUUCUAGGGUUAACCUAUUUUUUCAUAAACAUAGCAGUUUCAGAGAAACUGCUAUGUUUAUGAAUGGGUUAAGCCUUCCCCUAUUUCCUCUAGUGGCUGUCUCAUUGACAGCCACUAGAGGCGCUUGCGUACUUCUCACUGUGAUUUUCACAGUGAGAGCACGCCAGCGUCCAUAGGAAAGCAUUGAGAAUGCUUUCCUAUGUGACCAGCUGAAUGCGCGCGCAGCUCUUGCCGCGCGUGCGCAUUCAGCCGACGGGGUGGAUCGGAGGAGGAGAGGAGGCAGAGAGCUCUCCGCCCAGCGCUGGAAAAAGGUAAGUUUAACCCCUUUUCCCCUUUCCAGAGCUGGGCGGGAGGGGGACCCUGAGGGUGGGGGCACCCUCAGGGCACUAUAGUGCCAGGAAAACGAGUAUGUUUUCCAGGCACUAUUGUGGUCCUUUAAGGAAAAUACAAUAUAGUGCAGAUGGUACUUAACGUGACAAUGCAAUAGUAGUGAUAAUAUCGUGAUAAAUUGUACACUCACAUUUCAAGGAGCCUGUAUAUAGAAACACUGGCUCUGUAUUGAGGCUUAUGUGCUUAUUAAGGUAGCACCACCCUUCUACUUCGAUGUGGAGUGACCCUCGAAGACAAAAAGAGGGAGAGCAAACCAAUGUGUAGAUUGCAAUUAUAAAAACAUAAUGAUGUGUUAGUAAAUGUGGUGCUCACCUGGUCCUGAGCCUGUGGGUCCCGGCUCUAGGUGUAUAGGUUCUGUGCCAGUUUGAAUGGGGAUGGCACUACCCCUAUGAAGAUUCUCUAGAGGCUCCAAAAAGGACUUAAGCGGGAUCUUCAGUAAAAUAACAAAUUUAUUGAUGUGUAAUAAAAAUAAAAGUAAAUGUUUUAAAAGUCCUUAAUAAAAAGUCCUUUAAAAAAUAGCCAAUAUGCGUUUCACUCCUAAAUGGAGCUUCCUCAGUCAGCUGUAGCUGUAGCUGACUGAGGAAGCUCCAUUUAGGAUUGAAACUGAAGAUCCUGCUUAAGUACUUUUUGGAGCCUCUAGAAAAUCUUCAUAGGGGUAGUGCCAUCCCAUCGUGUUUUUAUAAUUGCAAUCUACACAUUGGUUCGCUCUCCCUCUUUUUGUCUUCGAGAGUCACUUCACAUCGAAGUAGAAGGGUGGUGCUACCUUAAUAAGCACACAAGCCUCAAUACGGAGCCAGUGUUUCUAUAUACAGGCUCCUUGAAAUGUGAGUGUACAAUUUAUCACGAUAUUAUCACUACUAUUGCAUUGUCACUUUAAGUACCAUCUGCACUAUAUUAUAUUUUUUGUAUUUUCCUUAACAUGUACCCUAUAUUCUACCUUUGAAUGAAAUAACGUCUGGUAAGCUGUAUAUGUGUUUGAGCGCUCCACUUAUAGGUGUAGGUCCUUGUUACUUACACCGCACUGAAAUCUACAAUGAAGAUUAAAUGGCUAAUGUAUACUGUAAAAAAAUCGCUCUUAAAACUUUACUGUAUUUUGUGACGAAGUGCCCUUCGCCACUUGUGCCUGGAGAGGACUGCUUGCCCGCCUCUUGCCCUGUGACUAUGGCCCCUGGGAUGUAUUGCCCUUUAAAGACAUGAUUUGGGCAUAAUGGAUUUGUGUUGUGCUGCUGCUGGCCCUUUAAGAACCAUCUGGGGACAUACUGUGGAGUUACUGGGUGGCCACCAUUUCCUGUAUCAGAAGCACAUGGUGAGAACAAUGGAUGGCAGCCAUUUUAACUCACAGACACUGUGUGGACUUUUCAACACGGUGCCAUCUCGCCAGUAUUUGUUGCACAGAGACAUCGUGCAGUGGUUUUGGACUAUACAGCAGGGGACACAUUAUACAGUGAUUGUUUUUCAUUUAGCCUGUAUAUGUUCUGCAGAAUCUGCAUUAAACUGUAUUUUCCAAAGUACUGAACGGAUCUGGGUGAAUUUUGGAUAUGUGGUUCACCCAGAUCCCCCGGUUCCAAGGAUAUACUUUUUAUGGGGUUAUUGCAUGUUUUGGGGUCCCUGUGUGUUUUAUGAAUGCUGUAAAAAUUGUAAUGUUUCUGGCCAGCAGAUAAUUGAGCUUUGUGUAUUGUAGAAACUCAAUUAUCUAGCCUGGCCCAGAGGAGGAGUUUUGUGUUGCAUAAAUUGUGAGUUCUGUGUGCCAGUAAAUCAGUCUUGUUCCAGCAUUAAGCCUUGGCUCAUGUUUGGGGGAAGGGAUACCUACACUCUGGGGAUUGCUAUAAUCACUUACUCCCCAGAGGAAGCUCUUGCAAUAGCUUGAUUUGUUCCUGUUCCUGCUCUCUGGGGAAAGAGAGGUUCACCCACUGGAAGCUGGAUCCUGGCCUUGGGUCCAGGGUGGGUGGAAACAGCAGAGACCCCGGCGCAGUUGCAUCGCUGGAAGUGGGGUCUGCAGUGCUGAUGGUGUCGGUUGGAGUGCUUGGAGUCCUCAGCGAGCACUAGGAGCAUCGAUUGGCGGAGGUACUCAGUCGGAGUGCCAGCGUUCCGUCACAUAUUUAAUUUUAAAUAAAAAGCAAAAGAAGGUUUGCCUCUAUAUCCAAACUGGUUGGACUAGAGACCAAGGUCAGUAUAGUGGUAUCGGCUCCACCUACGGGCUUGGACCCUAAGAAUAUAAUGUAAUUGAUACGAAGGGAGAGUAGCCCCAACUGGGGGGAGACUCAAUGCUGAUAUGUGUGCAUAAAUAGAACAAAAUUAUACUUAGCAGCUAAAUAGCUUCCUUCCAAGUUUUCUAAUGUAUUGGAGGUCUAAUGCCCCACAGCUUGAAACUGUUGUCACAUGUAUCAAAAAAUACUAAUAACUUUAUUUCAUGCCUAUACAGUAAAGUACAAUGUGGUCUAUCGAUGGGUGACAAAAUAAAAUACAAUAAAAGGCCACUGUCUGCUCUGUCUCCGUCAAGAUGGUCUCAAGUAGCAAUAAAGAACUAUAUGGUUGAUGUUCAACCUAAUUAUUGCUGCUAAGACCAAGCGAUAGGGAGAAUUGUGUUUAGAGCAGUGAGAGGUUCACUAAAUGGUGAAAAUUGGCUGUAUGCAAAAAUAGAGCUGCAAAAUAAAUAGAGAUAGGGUAAAAUUGCUAGAACAGGGUAAUUACGUCAUAUUCCGGCUCCCGGCAUCAGUAGACAGUCCGCGCGGUACGAGGGAGCAGAUGAAGAACACAGCUCCCUCGCCGCAUCUGACAGGAACUCUGCCGCCCGCUGCACUGAAGCCCCAGUGGACCCCAGGGACAGGUCCACGCCAGCUCUCCAGGUAGGGAAGCUGGAUGGACAUUUGUAAAUGUUAAACAUAUGAAUAAUUUGUGUGUUUCUGUGAGUGUGUGUGCACGCAUUUAUAUAUGCAUACUAGUGUAUAAUUAUUAUUUUGGGGGGAGGGGGGUGAUUUCCCACACUUUUUUCCCCAGGACUUGAUCCCUGAAACAGAAUAAUACAAAAGGUAGAGGGCCCAAUUAGUGGGCUUUCAAUCUGUAGGCAAUCUUUGAUACAGGAGAAGACUAUCCACUGUUAGAGCACAUGUCUAUACUCUACCCCAGUAAACACACUGGGACCACUACAGACAAGAUGAAGGCAAUCCCCAGAUGUACAGCUAAGCUAAAUAAUAGUUUAUUAAUGUUUUGCUUUCCUUGUAUGUGCUAAACUUAAGGGUGUAGCAUUGCAUUAUACACGCUAUCAGGACAUAGGUGGGGAAAAAAACAUUAAAUGUAUUCUUCCUGAUAAGAUGCUUUCAAAUUAAACGUAUGUCCUCAUAUUUAAAGAGUAGCCAUUCUGCUUGUACACUUACAUUCAGAUAAAGUUUUAAUAUGAUUAUACUUAAUGUGUGUCACUGUGUUUAUAUGUACGGUCGUCUAUAAGAAAUUUUACAUGUGUUUAAAUCCCAUAUUGGCUCACAAUUCUCUUCCCCUUUUUGAUGAGCAGUAGGGUGGUCAUUUUGUAUUGAUGUAAACUAAAAAGAGAAGUUUCCACUUCAAAAUUUUAAAAAUUGUUGCAUUGGCAAACCACCAAACAUUUACUAUAAAUUAUUACCGUUACGUCCUCCUCCUCAACAUUGCAGAUUCUAAUAGUAUUUAUUUUCUAACUUGUACAGCAGGCGAUCAACUGGAUGCUGCACGUGACCAUCUCCAUGAAAGCUUCGAUAUAUCUGAUUCCCAAACGCUCCUACGCAGAAUACUCCAGAGGUGGUUCUCACAGUGAAGGCCUUAUUUCUUUUUAUCAUUAUUUUUCAUUCUCUUACUGAUUUGAUGCUGAACGUGAUUAUCAUUUAAACCAAAAAUAAAAGUCAUACAUGUCUCUCACAAACAUAAACUGACUGAAUUCUG